AUGAGUCAGGAACAUUUUCCAAAUGGGGGAUCUUGGAGAUCUACUUCAUCUCGUUUCCCUGGCGAAGACCAGGAACAGGUUCCCUCUAAUUCCCAACCGCCGCCGGCCUACAUGACCGUAGGUAGUGGCUCGACUUCCGAGAGUGCCACUGCCUUGAUGUCCUCACUUUCUCGUGACUCGGGAUAUGAAGGCAGCGCUGCCGGUGAGACUCAUACUGGUAGCGAUUCAAGUUCAGCAUGGCGUGCUGGCUUAUUGGAAGACCGACCAACUCCAAUCCAUACUCCGACGCGCAGCGACGAGUGGAAUCCUGCCGUCGAGCAUGAGAAACAGGUUCUUGCGAGUCAUGAGUACUCACAUCUUUCUUCUAGCAACUCAAAUCGAACGAAGCUUGGACGCGCGAUUUCCCGGACUCUCGAGACAUUAAAAGAGCUACAGGAUAUAAAUCGACAAUGGCCUGCAGUCUACCCCUCCGUGCAGGACGGUUCCCCUUCCCUUUCGGAGCGACCGCAAUUGCAACACACGAACACACAUUUUGGAAAUGACGAAAUGAGACCUGGCACUCCACCUCGUCCGGGAAGUCUGAAACGUGCUGCGACUACUGCUGGAGGAGACGAUCUUGGUGAAUCUAGCGCUGCCGCUCAACGCCGCGUUCAGCCUGAGCCUAGAUUGAUGACUCCACAAAUAGCCCAGGAAUUUUCCAUCUUGAAGCUCGACUUGAAGCUCGGUGCGCUGUCGCAAGCAGAACUCGUGCAUUCCUUGGAGAAAGCCUCUAUCGCCUCACUUUUAGAUGGAAAAAUUAGCCAGAGCAUGAAACAUCUUCUCUCCCUUCGAGAGCGCAUCGAAGAUACGUCAAGUAAGGUGUUGAUCACAGGAGAUUUGAACGCAGGUAAAUCGACAUUCUGCAAUGCUCUUCUUCGGCGCAAAGUGUUGCCCGAGGACCAACAGCCGUGCACCAGCAUUUUUUGUGAGGUCCUUGAUGCUCGAGAGAACAGUGGAAUCGAAGAGGUACAUGCAGUUCACAAGGAUGCCAUCUACAACCGCAAUGACGAAAGCACAUAUGACGUAUUUGUAUUGAGCGAGCUCGAAAACAUUGUGGUGGACAACUCCAAGUACAUGCAGUGCAAGGUCUACGUUAAGGAUGCGCGAUCGAUUGAUGAGUCCUUACUUAAUAACGGCGUGGUCGACAUUGCCUUGAUCGAUGCCCCAGGUCUAAACUCGGACUCUUUGAAGACAACCGCCGUCUUCGCCCGACAAGAAGAAAUUGACGUUGUUGUCUUCGUUGUAUCUGCAGCCAAUCAUUUCACCCUAUCUGCGAAAGAGUUCAUCCUGAAUGCAGCCCACGAAAAAACUUAUAUUUUCAUGGUGGUCAAUGGUUUCGACCAGAUCCGAGAUAAACAGCGAUGCGAGCGCAUGAUCCUUGAUCAAGUGGGCAAGCUUAGCCCUCGCACGUAUAAGGAGUCAGACGAACUGGUGCACUUUGUAUCCAGUAAUGCCAUUCCGACUGCUCCACAUGUCUUGCAGUCUGGGUCUGGUGGUGGUGACGGUGGAAGUUCAGAUCCUCACGACGAUGAUGACGAUGAUUCUGGCAAAGGUAAGGGCAAGCAGAAGGAAAUGGAAAAGAUCCAAGAUUUCGAAAACCUGGAAGGGGCAUUGAGACGCUUUGUUCUCGAAAAGCGGUCCCGCUCCAAGCUUGCACCUGCACGUACCUACCUUCUGAACCUUCUCGCGGACCUGACUUCGCUCGCCACUGUCAACCGGGACGUCGCUCAGUCAGAGCUUACGCGAGUGACCAAUGAGCUUCAAGAAAUUGAGCCCGCCUAUGAGAACGGCAAGAAGAAGAAGGGUGAGCUGGCUGAGGGCGUUGACAAGGCCAUCGACGAUUCAUGCGACGAUGUAUACAACCACACCCGUACCACCUUGACAGACACCAUCGCUCAAGUAUCCCGAGCUGAACUCGGCGUUCAAUAUCCCGGUGUUUUCUCCGUGUUCCAGUAUGCCGAGGAUUUGAAGCUUGCCAUGCUUAAUCAAAUUUCGGCAGCAGUCACUAACUGUGAGGACUAUGCCCGGGAGAAGACUGUCCAAGGUGUCGGUUUCAUUCAAAAUAUCGGGUUGCUGCAUGUUGGUGAGGACAAGUUCACUCCUCUGAACUUCCGUGCGGAUAUGAUGUUCCGCCGAGGUCGCCGCCAUACCUUUGGUCGCCAAGUCGAUACCGAAGUGGAACUAUGGGACUUCUUAGACAUUGCCGCACUCUGGGAACGCCAAGAAAAGGUUGCAGGAACAGGUAUAGCAAUGACUGCCGUCACGGUUGUUGGUAGCCGGGCCCUCGGCGGUUUCAGUUGGGUGGAUAGCGCUUUGAGUGCAGUUAAAUUUAUUGGACCAAACAACGUGCGCCGGAUGUUCUUCCCCAGUCUUUUGGCAGCUGCCAUCUUGACCACAGCCUAUGUGUUGUCAUCCAUUCCGAAUACGUUACCUCCUCGUUUGUCUCGCAAGAUUGCCGCGAAACUCUCACAAAUGGAUUACGUUCACACAAACGCCAACCGAAUUUCCACCGAGGUCCGAAAAAUCCUUCGACUUCCGGCGACAAGCUUGCAAGCUACCCUUGUCCAAGACAUCGAGGACCUUGGCCGACGCAAGCAAGAGGUUACCAAGCUCAAGAAGGAGAGCGAGGUUGCCACCAAGUACUUUGGAAACCUGUUCCGCGACAGCAGUCAGAACCGCCGUUCUGUAGAGGACCUUGACCUGGACGCCCCCCUUCCUGGUGCCAUGGGUGCCUACGCCGCAUGA